AUGAAUUCAAUUAAAAAUUAUGGAGUUUAUGGACGGACUAUGGAGUCGGUCAGAAACAAUUGUAUGGGUUGCAUGACGGAAGUUGGUGAAAAAAAUAUUUAUGCAGUAGUUGAGUUCGCAGCUAGUGAUCCAAAUGUUAAAAAAGAUAUUGAUUUGAUUCCUAACAAAUGGAUCACGGAAGAAAGUGAUGGAUUUUCAUGCCGAUACCCACCAUCUAACGAUUAUUGUAAGUUGGAAAAAUAUGCACGAGAAUUACGUGAUGCAAAAAAAAAUUGGUCCACAUACACCAUCAAAAUUCUGAGUUACGCAGAUAGUUAUAAACAAGGACAAAGACGCUUAAAUCGAGCGUUUACAACUUUGGAUCUGAAGAGCACGGACGACGAAAGUAAUAAGCACACCGGCAGUGCAAAGCCAAAAAUACUGAGUAACGUUGCAGUUGGAAAAGAUCUACGCAGUAUAUUACCUAUGCAAAAUAAUACAAGUCGAAUCUCUACUUCCCGCAAAGAAAAAAGUUCACUUGAGAAACUACUAAAUGAUGGUACG